AUGUUCGUUCUCAAAAAUGUCGGCAAGCUCAUCUUUGGCAGCAACAGCCAAGAGUCCAUGAUUGAGCUGUCCCAAGGCCAACUCUACCUCGUUCGACCCCUAUCGCCCAAAGGGUACUCCGAGCUCAUCUUCAAGGAUGCCGCUGCCCGUAUUCGACGAACCGGCCAAGACUACCAAUACCAACUCGUAGUUCAGCGAGUCUACGAGGAGGGUGAAGCCGAAUUACUAGAGGACGAGGAAGGCGAGGACGCAGAGAUCAACGCUCUUGUCACCGAACGGGACGAGAAGACCUUCCUACUUGACGAAGCGCUGCAUUUCAGGGUCGAAAGCAGGGAAGGUGCGGGGCAGAUCUUGGCCUGGAAGGACCUGAGCGGAGACGUGGGCGACGUCUACGAGUUCGUCUGCGAUCCAUCGGUCCAGUCCAUGUCGACCGAAGCGUUCGAGCGCAUCGCAAAGCAGUGCCAGUACGAACGGAAGUACCGAAAGCACCAUAAUACCGCUUCCGAGGCCGAUCUCCAACAGUUCGAGUUUGACGACGAGCAACCGAUACCCCAAGCAAGCCCGAUUCACAGUCCCACACUCGCUCGAUCCAUCGAGUCGUCCGACGCCAUGUUUCAGUUGAAGAACGAAGCGAACGUGGGUGUCAAGAGAGACCAUGGUCCUACUACCGCUGCUAUGCUCGCAGAGCCAGAGCCCGAGCCCGUGCAUCUGCCAGCACUUGAGGGACCAAAGGAGGUCGCUGCCGAGAAACCAACUGUGCCGCCGAAGGCUACCGAACAACCCGAACCACUUGAGAUCCUCUGCAUGGAACUUGCUGAACUGCAUUUUUUCGACUUCCCAUCGGGUUCUUUCGUCGUUCAGGGCGCUUCUGUCACGGCUCAGGUGUCGGACAUUGGGAAGUGGAAUUACUGGCUGCACAUCGCCAGCAACGACCGGGAAUGGCUUGGAAUCCCUGUGGUUGCAGAUAUAAACCCGGUGUUCAACUUCGAGUUUCUAUCAUUCAUUUUCAACCAGUUCACGGAGGAUGGAUCUGCAUACUCGUGGCUGCUUCGCUUUAAGGACCAGAAGACCUUGGAGAGAUUCCAGGAAGGUUUGAUGCGAGCGCUCUGGGAACAGCUCAAUGAGAUCAAGUGGACCAAGGUGAAGGACCAAGAACGUCAGUAUGUACUGGAUGCUUUCGAGGACCUCAAGAUGGAGGAUGCACCCACCGAAGACCAAGAAGAGGAGCCCGAGGAUGAGGAAGACGAGGACGAUGCUGCGAGAAGCGAACACUAUGACAGCGAAGAGGAACAGGACGAUGUGGCGACACAGCCCAAGGACGAGAACUCCAACUCCGGUCUAGCCGUUGGCUACAAACAUGAUCGCUCAUUCGUCGUCCGUGGAUCCAAGAUUGGUGUCUUCAAACACACGCCUAAUAACGCCCUUGAAUUCUCGACAAACAUCUCCAAAGUUGAAACUCCUAAUGGCGAGCUAUUCAAUCCCAAGAAGGUCAUGCUCCACAACGAAGAUCACAACAUGAUAUUGCAGAACGACAAGGACCCCAACAAGCUCUAUCGCAUGGAUCUCGAAUAUGGCAAGGUCGUCGAUGAGUGGAACGUGCACGACGACAUUCCAGUGGAGAGCUUCGCCCCCGAGAACAAGUUUGCACAGAUGACCCACGAGCCAACCUUCCUUGGUAUCUCUCGCAACGCGCUCUUCAGAAUUGACCCCCGUCUAUCUGGCCACAAGCUGGUCGACUCGCAGCUGAAACAAUACGCAUCCAAGAAUGACUUCUCGGCAGUGUCGACCACCGAGAAGGGUUACGUUGCGGUGGCGUCGAACAAGGGUGACAUUCGACUAUUUGACCGCUUGGGUAUCAACGCGAAGACUCAUAUCCCUGCCCUCGGCGAGCCCAUUUUGGGCCUCGACGUGUCCGCUGAUGGCCGUUGGAUUCUUGCUACAUGCCGCACCUACCUUCUACUGAUAGAUGCUCAGCAAAAGUCAGGCAAGAAUGAGGGUAAGCUGGGCUUUGAGAAGUCAUUCGCGGCGGACUCGAAACCCCAACCCCGCCGACUAGCCCUCACCCCAGAACAUAUUGCGCAGUUCCACCACGAAACUGGAAAGGGGGUUGAGUUCACGCCUGCGCGCUUCAACACCAGCCAGUCCAGCGAGGAGACGUCCAUCAUUACCGCAACGGGUCCAUACAUCAUCAACUGGAACAUGAAGAAGGUGCUGCGCGGUGCUAAGGCACCCUACUACAUCAAGCGAUACACCGAAGACGUCAAGGCCGAUGACUUCAAGUUUGGUAGCGAUCAGAACGUCAUUGUUGCUCUACCGAACGAGGUCAACAUGGUCGGCAAGAACAAGCUGAGUCGUCCAACACGCGAGAGUAUUGCUGGCAACUUCCAGCAUCUGAGCACGCCUCGACGUAGCUCUGGCCGGGUAGGAACGCGAGAAAGCGGACGAUACAAGCUGGGCAGAGAUGAUGUUGUCAACUCGCCCUACUAA